GCGAUCCGCUCGCCGGUGACGCGGCGUGACGUCACGCGGAGGCUUGCAGGAGGACGCCGCCGCAGCCGCGCGCAGCUCUCCGCCCGUCUCCUCGCUACGCAUCGCCGGGAGGAUGGAGCCAGCGGGCGCGUACGGCGCCAGGAAGGCCGGCGGCGUCGCCUUCGAUCCGGUCGCCUUCUUCACUCAUCCGCGGACCAUCCUCAGGCUGAUGUCGUGGGUUUUCUCCAUAGUGGUGUUCGGCUGCAUCAUCAACGAGGGCUACAUCAACAUCGGCAGCGAGCGCCUGCUGUGCGUCUUCAACAACAACGCGGGUGCCUGUAACUACGGCGUCACCGUGGGCGUGGCCUGUUUCCUGGGGAGCAUCUUCUUCCUGAUCCUGGACGUUUACUUCCCGUCCAUCAGCAGCGUCAAGGACCGGAGACGGGCUGUAAUGCUGGACCUCGCCUUCUCUGGUCUCGCGAGCUUCCUGUGGUUCGUUGGAUUCUGUUUUCUGGCCAAUCAGUGGCAGGCUACCUCGCCAGACGAGCUGCCAUUGGCCCAGGGCUCCGACGCCGCGAGAGCCACCAUCACUUUCUGCUUCUUCUCCAUCCUGACCUGGGUUGUGCUGACGCUGAGUGCGCUGCGGCGCUUCUUAACCGGCAGCAACAGAAACCUGUUCACAUGGCAACACGCGGAUCCCCCCCUCGGCAGUGCCAGAGCGAUGCCGUACCCCAUCGCCAACGGAGCCACCAUAGUAACCACCAACCCCUACCAAGCUCCCCCCUUCACCGAGACCCUGGACCCCCAGAAGCUCACGCAGCAAAGACCCGCGGCCCCUGUCCUCUAGAGACGGACGGAAAGAAACGGGUGUCGCGUUGAGAGGCGCCGCGUCGGACGUCCAGAUGUCCCGCCUCGCUGAUUAGUGGCUGCCCAAUCCUCUCCCUGGGAUCGGUUGGGCUUUUUUUGGGUCACGCGUGAUCUAA